AUAUUUUUUUCAAGUGAAUGUGUGAGUUUUAAGCUAAAAUCAAGGAAAUAUAUUUCUCAUCUGGAUUAUCAAAGGAUGAAGGACAGCCUCUCCACGAGCAGCGCAGCAGGGAUGCCAGCGGGAACAGGAACUGGAGGAACUGGAGGCAGUGCCACGCCCACGGCACCCACAACGCCCUCAGCAGGAGGAGGUGGAGGAGGAGGAGUAGGAGCUGGAGGAGCAGGAGGAGGAGCAGGAGGAGCAGGAACUGGAGCCACCACAGCCGCUGCAGCAGAUCCGCAGCAGACCCCGCAACAGCGUGGCAAAAGCAACAUCCAUGAGCUGCGCAAUCAGGACUAUGUGAGUCGCCUGAUGGCCGCCACUCCGCCAUAUCUGUACUCGGCGCCCGUGGGUCCCAACAACUUUUUCUUCAGCGACAUGCUGCGCUCCCUGGUCCAGGCCAGGAACAAUGAGACAGCGCGAGUGCUGCAGCUGCAACAGCAGCAGGCACAGCAGCAACAGCAGCAACAUCAGCAACAACAGCAGCAGCAACACCAUCAGGCCUCGCUGGUGCGACGUCCAAGGAAGCGAUCCUGGUCACAUCGUCCCUACUACGAGCAGCUGCGCGAGCGACGCGAGGCGGAGGAGAAGCAACAACAGCAACAGCAGCAGCAACUGCAGCAGCAGCCGGAGAAGCCCCUAGAGCUGACCAACAAGUCCCUGGCCACACCCACUACCGCUGCCACACCCACUCCCCCCUAUGGCUAUGCCAAGCUGGAGACCAAGCCAGCAGCCCUGCCGCCGCCACCCAAAACCCUAGCCACGGGUCUUGGUCUCGGCCUGGGACUUGGUGGCGCUGUGGACUCUGCUCUGCAGGAUAAUACACCGCCGGCGGCUUCAUUGCCACCGCAGGAUUUGGUUUUGCCACCGCCACCGCCCGUGUGGUAUCCACCUUUGUAUGCACCCUACGGCAUCGAUCCGCUGCACUUCUUCAUUGAUCUGCGAGUCUCUGGGCACAUUUACGAUCGCAAAAAGGAGAAUGUGUCGCCUUUGUCGGCCAGCAAUAAUGCCAUUGGCGAGGAGGGUUCAUCCACCACCACUACCACCACCUCAUCCUCUGCCUCCUUAGGUGGCAAUCUUUUGAGCAAGCAGCGUCAUGGCUCCGCCUUCACAGUGCCCAUACCAAAGGCUGCUCAGAGUGAUGCCAUUAAUUUGUGUGCCAAUCCCAAUGGGGGAGGAGGAGCAGGAGGAGCUGGUGGAGCCACCUCCCCCACCAGUGUCAGUGUCUUGGGCAGCAAAUUCGAGCAUUAUGCCAAGUACUAUGACCUUGGGGAGACCAAAGAGAAUCAGCCCACGGCCACAGCCUCCAGUACGGUGGCCGCCAAUCAUCUCUCGGCAGCCGCCGCCGCCGCUGCUGCCGCCGCCAAUCUGUCCAAGUCCAGUGCCAGCUAUAUGCUCCAGCAUCUGCCGCGCCUCUACAGCCAGUUUGCUGCCCAUCAUCAGGCCCAGGUGCAGCAGAACCAGGACACGGAGUCUGCCAAAUCGGAUUCGGUCUCGGCCUCGGUCAGCGCCUCGCUUUCGGUGCCGGAUCUCUGUGAUGAGGAUUCCAUGGGCAGGGGUUCCAGCGACACGGCUGUGGGUCCUGGCGGUGGUUGCCUGGGCGAGGGCGAUGGUGAGGGUGAGGGCGAGGGCUCUGGCGGUGGGCAGGGCAACUGUGACAUCGAUGUGGAGAUCAUAGACUCCAUCAAGUACCGAACGGAUGGGGAGAGUAGUCGCUAUUCCAGCAACGACGAGGCCUCCAUCACGCAGAUCGAUUGA